GGCCGUCCCGUCCCCCGCAAGGUAUGAAUCCACAAAUCACUCCCGAUGGUCACUGCGUCUGUGGAAAACAGAGACGACGAGUGGGACAUUCCAAGGGCCCACAAGAAAAAGAAGGGAAAAACUAUCCGCACAGCAACUUCCCGAAACUCCACCUUCGAAAGGCUGGGGGAAAAGGAAGAAGGCCAGAGAAAGUCGGCCAAGCUGAGGUUGGGGAAAAGUGUUUCCCAUGUCAGCGCGUUUGCCCGGUUGGGCGAGGGAAGGGAGGCCGAGCCUGCCCGUACCCAGAGCUCCCAGCCUAACCGGCAGGAGCCUGCAAGGACGAGGGCCUCCCGUCAAGAAGAGGAAGCAGAGAGUCAACCUAGGGUACCGGUGGCUAACCGGUUGACUGUCCUGAAUGACCGCGUCCAGCAGAUGGAGGCAAAACUGGAGAGGCUGGAGAAGAAGGUUGGAGAGAAGAAUGACCGUGAAAAACCCCUCGCGGGGUCCCCGUUCACUACAAGGGUCCAUCUGACACCUUUCCCACGAAAGACGAAGAAAAAGUGCCUCCUUUUCUUCCAGACUUUGCGAAAUCGAGCUACUGAAUGGUUCAACAAGCUUUGCCCAGGAAGCAUCGACUCAUUCAGUGACUUGGCCUCGAAAUUCAAGGCCAAGUUCCAUGAGAACUGUACUAAGAGGAAGAAAUUCACCUAUCUUAGUACAGCCGGGCAGGGGGAAUCUGAGAACCUCACUCAAUUCCUUACCCGGUGGAAGGAGGAGGUAGACAAGGUUGAGGAGAUGGACGACAAGACAGUAUUGUCCCUCCUCCUGAAUGGCUUGCGAGCUGGGGAACUAUACAAGGAGUUCUGUCGGAAACCCCCGGCCACGUAUCAAGAGGCCUACCACACUGCCUGGGAGUUUGCUGAGGCUGAAACUCAACUUCGGGCGAAGAAGGAAGCUAAGCAUGGCUACAAGCCCAAGCUGGUGCAAGUCAAGAAGGAAGAAGCGCCGGGAUCCAGCCGGCCAAGGCACCACUAUGACCCGGUCGUCCGCGUGGUUAGCAAUGAAGAGUGCCAAGAGGUAAGAAAAGCACCGGUCAUUCCUCCGGAAAAUCCUACCGGUCAAACAGGACGGCAGUGGUUGGGCACCUAUUGUUCGUACCACAGGUCAGAUUCCCAUAACACUUCCGAGUGUAAAAGUGUUAAGGGAGUAAUCCGGCAGAUGAUAGACAGUGGAGAACUGGGCAAAGAUUAUUUGCAGAAAGCCAAGGAGAAGAACCACCAAUGGGUAAGGCCAGCAACCCAGGGAAAUGACCGGGACAAUGACCGGCGGAGGAAUAACCGGCAGAGGGAGCAGCAGCCGGACCCUGAUAAGGAACAUAUUGGGAUGAUCUUCGGCGGACCUGAAGGCGGAGAUUCAGCCGCGCAGUGGAAAAAUUGGGUUCGCAGCAUUUACAUCGGUGAAGUAAGUGCUGAACCGGCUAGGCGUAAGCAUACCAGGAGGGAGCCAAUAGUUUUCAUUGACCGGGAUCUCCCUCCUACCGGUGAAGAUCACAAUGAUCCAUUGGUCAUCACCAUGGACAUCAAUGGGGUGGACAUCGCCCGGGUACUUGUUGACACCGGCAGCAGUGUCAACAUCCUUUACCUGGAGACCUUCCAGAAACUCAGGUUGUGUCGGACACAACUUGAACCCCUCAAAACCCCUCUCUCAGGAUUCACGGGAGACACGGUGGAAGCUGAAGGGUCCAUAGUUCUACCGGUCGAACUAGGAUCAGGCGAGAAGACCGUAUGGAAGAAGAUGCGGUUCAUCGUUGUGGACAUCAAAUGCAUCCACAAUGCAAUCCUUGGAAGGCCUGGCAUCAACAAAGUCGGGGCGGUGAUUUCCAUGCCGCACGUGUGCAUGAAGUUCCAUACUCCAGGCGCAAUCAAGGGACAGGCCCUUGCAGAUUUCCUGGUAGAAAUGACCGGUAUAACUCCUGACCUACCGGUCAACAAGCCCACUGAGCAAUGGUGGGAGAUGGAAGUUGAUGGGGCGUCCGGUCCUAGAGGAUACGGGGGUGGUAUCGUGUUUACCACCCUAGAAGGGUUCAAGAUCUACCAUGCAAUAGUCUUCAACUUCAAGCUGACGAACAAUGAAUCAGAGUAUGAGGCUCUAGCUGGAGGGCUUAGACUUGCCCAAGCCUUUAAAAUCAUCCGGGUUAGUAUCAAAUCUGACUCGAGUUUGAUUGUGGGGCAAGUGACCGGCAAUAUGGAGGCUAGGGAAGGACGAAUGGCUCAAUACAAGGAUGUAGUGCUUGCCUUGUUGAAGGGGUUCGAGGAAUUCAAAAUCGCCCAAAUUCCCCGGGCAGAGAACGCGGAUGCAUACCUUCUCUCCAAGUUAACGCAGUAUGCUCCUGAGCAUGUUUCAAAACUUGCCUGGGUAGAAAUCCUGGACCGUGCCAGCAUCGAGAAAUUGGAAGUUGCCGCCAUAACAGCAAUAGCCCAAUCUGACCGGUCAAACUUGGUCAGGGCGGAUGACCACUGGAUGUACGAUCUGAUGGAAUACUUGAUGGACGGGACCUUUCCGGAGCAAGAAUACCGGGCAACAAAAGUGAAGCUCAGGGCAUCCCGGUUCCAAGUCCUUGAUGGAAAGCUGUACAAGAGGGCGUUCGGGGGACCCCUCCUGAGGUGCCUAACCAACUGGGAGGCUGAGCGAGUCAUAACGGAAUUCCAUGAAGGUGUAUGCGCGGCACACCAAAUGUCGCGAACCCUCUCACAACGAAUCAUCUUGCUGGGGUAUUACUGGCCGACGAUUGUCCAGGACUGUGAGUGUAACACCCUAAUCUGUCCAGGUCUGCAGCCCCUUUCAGAUUAAAGUAUUAACUUGGUAAUCGUAAAAAUUUAAAACAUUUCAAACACUUUUAUUUAUCACAAUAAUAUUUUUCAUAAUAUAAACAGUACGGAGUUUUCAAUAUUGCGGAAGCUUAACAAUCAUAAUCACAAACAUAAUUUAUUUAUGUUCUUUAAUUCAAAACCAUCACAUCCAUUCCGACAAUCUCGCCUCCGUCUGCCUCCAGGAUCACGUCACUUCAUUAACCUGCGUUUAGCAAAUAAAACAUACUACACGCU